UUCCUCCCGGUGUCGACCUCGAUCUCGCCGUCGUUCUGGCACCGCCUCACCUCGCUCAAGCUGCACCACCUCAAGCUCGACGACACGCCUUUGCCCCUCGUGGGACACUACGCCCGAGGUCGUAUCAUCCACGACAAGCGCACCGGCCAAGCCGUGCCCCUCCACGGCGCACUCGAGCUCGACGACGCCUCGUUCGCCGCCGACCAUGUGGGGGACAGCACGUCCGCCACGCCCGGCUCCACCGACCGCUUCCAGCUCCACGGCCUCCUCCGCAACGUCAACACGCUCGACGACUUCAAGCGGCUCGACAAGGCCCAGCUCCUGAGCGACCUCGGCGACCAGAUCUGGUCCAUCGUCCGCGAGCCGUCCCGCGGCAUCUCGCUCGCCGACCUCAACCCGUUCCUCCUCGUCACGUUCGCCGACCUCAAGAAGUACCGCUACUACUACUGGUGCGCCUUCCCCGCCCUGGCGCUCAAGCCGGGCUGGGAGGUCACGACCGGGUGGGCACCGUGCGACGACCCGGCGCCCGAGCAGCCUAGCGGGCAGAUCCUCCUGUCUCGCGGCGACGGCGAGACGGCGCCGCUUGACAACUUUGCGACCUUCUGGGCCCGGACGCCGCCCGACCAGCGUACCCUCAUCUUUGACGACCCGUCCUCGCACCCGACCGCGCUCGGCUGGCCCGUUCGCAACGCCCUUACCUACCUCGCCCACGCCGACCCGCCCAUCCGCCAGCUCAGCGUCGUCUCGCGCCGCGACAAGUCGUCGCUCUCGUGCGUCGUGCGGCUCGAUGGUCCUGUACUCGACAGCGGCGCUGAGCGUCCGGCGGUCGUCGGGUGGGAGAAGAACGACAAGGGCAAACUCGGACCGAGGAUGGCCGACCUCGCGCCGCUCAUGGACCCGACUCGACUCGCCGACCAAGCCGUCGACCUGAACCUGCAGCUCAUGCGCUGGCGCAUCUUGCCCUCGCUCGACCUCGACAAGGUCAAGAACACGCGGUGCCUCCUUCUCGGCGCCGGAACGCUCGGGUGCUACGUAGCGAGGACGCUCAUGGCUUGGGGCGUGCGCAAGAUCUCGUUGGUCGACUCGUCGACCGUCUCGUUCUCGAACCCGGUGCGACAACCGUUGUUCGAGUUCCACGACUCGCUCGACGGUGGCAAGCCCAAGGCCGAGGCGGCAGCUGCGGCGCUCAAGCGCAUCUACCCUGGCGUAGACGCGACCGGCGUGUCGCUCUCGGUCCCGAUGCCGGGCCACCCGAUCCCGUCCACCUCGCUCGACCAGGUCCGCGCCGACUUUGACCAGCUCGACGAGCUCGUCGACGUGCACGACGUCGUCUACCUCCUCAUGGACUCGAGGGAGAGCCGCUGGCUGCCGACCGUCAUGGGUGCCGCCAAGGACAAGCUCGUCAUGAAUGUCGCCCUCGGCUUCGACACGUUCCUCGCCAUGCGCCAUGGCCUCGCGCCCUCGCCAAACUCGCUUGCGCCCAACCCGCCGGCCGCGCCCGCCUCGACCAGCUCGCCCUUCCGCGGUCGCCUCGGCUGCUACUACUGCAACGACAUAGUCGCACCCCAAGAUUCCCUGAGCGACCGCACCCUCGACCAGAUGUGCACCGUCACGCGCCCUGGCAUCGCCGCCAUCGCGAGUGCCACCGCCGUCGAGCUCAUGGUGUCCGUCCUGCAGCACCCGCUCGGACCUCGCGCACCUUCCAACGUCCCCUUGUCGUCCAACGACGCCCCUGCGCCUCAAGAACCCGCCUCGCCGCUGGGCAUCGUCCCGCACCAGAUCCGAGGGUACCUCGCGCGGUUCGACAACCUCAAGAUCACCGGUCAGGCGUACGACCGCUGCACCGGCUGCUCCGACACGAUCCUCGAGGCGUACCGGUCCGACCCGUUCUCGCUCGUGCAGCGUGCGUGCGAGGACGCCAAGUACCUCGAGCGCGUGACCGGGCUGGACAAACUCGAGGAGGAGACCGAGGCGUUGCUCGCCGAGGGCGUCGAGUGGAGCGAGGAGGACGAUUUCUGA